CUCCGGCCCCUCGGGGUGGGGGGUGGGGGAAGGCUGGAGCUUGGCGUUGAGGCCUGACAGCACCGUCUGUUAAACCAGAAGCGUCUGCUUUGUUGUUUUCUUUCUUUCUUCUGUCUGGCCAGUGCAUUUCUCACCCCCAGCAAGGCAGCGAUCGUUAGCAGGGGGUUUCUCGCAUGUUAGCUUUUACUUGCGUCCUAACAGCGUGGUUAUAGUGACAUAAGGCUCGCUUUGUGCCAGCCUGUUCUGUGGUGAAAUUGAGGCAGCUUCCUGGCUUCAAUUAAGAAUUUGUCUGUGGAGUGUAUUGCAACCAUCGUGUCCUUCUUCAGCUGCUUUCCCUUGAGUGGGCCUGAAUGAAGACAAAUGUAAAGAUGGCAUGUCCAAGGAAUUUUAAAAGGUGUAGACCUCCUGACUGAACAGUGCUGUAUUAUAUUUUGUUCUCUUUACUUAGUAAACUGCUGUUCUCUCACAGGUGAAAGUCAUGAUCACGCUAACAGAACUCAAAUACUUAGCAGAUGCGCAGUCAUCCUACCACAUACUAAAACCAUGGUGGGAUGUCUUCUGGUAUUACCUCACCAUGAUAAUGCUGCUAGUUGCUGUGCUUGCUGGGGCUCUCCAGCUUACUCAAACCAGAGUAUUGUGUUGUCUUCCUUGCAAGCUAGAAUUUGACAAUCAUUGUGCCGUGCCUUGGGAUUUAGUUAAAGCCAACCUUAACAUGUCGGCUGGCUCUGCAGCACCGAUAAUCAUCCCGCUUAAAAUCCAGAAUGAUCUCCAUCGGCAGCAGUAUUCCUAUAUUGAUGCAGUAUGUUAUGAGAGACAGCUUCACUGGUUUGCCAAAUUUUUUCCAUACCUAGUGCUUCUGCAUACCUUUAUUUUUGCAGCUUGCAGUAAUUUCUGGCUUUACUAUCCUAGUACAAGCUCCAGGCUUGAGCACUUUGUAGCCAUUCUUCAGAAGUGUUUUGAUUCUCCAUGGACAACACGUGCCCUCUCAGAAACAGUUGCUGAGCAGUCUGUGAGGAAGUUGCCAAUAGCCAAAUCAAAAGCAGUGAUUUCAUCACCUGGGAGUUCAGUAGAUAUAGGGGCCAGCCGACAGUCCCUGCCAUAUUCGCAGCCUGGCUUGGAAACAACUGGAAGAGAAAAUUCCUCAAGUGUUCUUGACAAAAAAGAAGGGGAACAAGCUAAAGCUAUAUUUGAAAAAGUGAAGAAAUUCAGAGUACAUGUUGAAGAGAAGGAUGUCAUAUAUACAGUGUAUAUGAAACAGAUUAUAGUGAAAGUUAUUGUAUUUGUAAUAAUAAUAAUUUAUGUCCCCUACUAUUUAUCAUUUAUUACACUUGAAAUCGAUUGUGUAGUUAAUGUUCAAGCCUUUACAGGCUACAAAAGGUACCAGUGUGUUUAUUCACUAGCAGAAAUUUUUAAAGUUUUGGCUUCAUUUUAUGUUGUUCUAGUGAUCUUCUAUGGCUUAACUUGUACUUAUAGUUUGUGGUGGAUGUUAAGAAGUUCACUUAAGCAAUAUUCUUUUGAGAAGUUGAGAGAGAAAAGUAAUUACAGUGAUAUACCUGAUGUAAAGAACGACUUUGCAUUUAUUCUCCACUUGGCAGAUCAGUAUGAUCCUCUUUAUUCCCAACGAUUCUCAAUAUUCCUGUCUGAUUUGAGUGAAAACAAACUGAAACAGAUAAAUCUUAACAAUGAAUGGUCAGUGGAAAAACUGAAAAAUAAACUAGUAAGGAAUUCCCAAGACAAGAUUGAACUUCACCUUUUCAUGUUAAAUGGUCUUCCAGACAGUGUCUUUGAACUGACAGAAAUAGAAGUCCUAAGCCUGGAACUCAUUCCUGAAGCCAAACUUCCUCCAGCUGUGACCCAGCUAGUCAGUCUCAAAGAACUCAAUGUUUAUCAUUCAUCACUAACUAUGGAUUAUGCAGCAGUCAGCUUUUUAGAAGAAAAUCUGAAAACAUUGCGCCUGAAAUCUAGUGAGAUGGGAAGAAUUCCAUUUUGGGUUUUUCAUCUAAAAAACCUGCAAGAAUUGUGCUUAACAGGAUAUUUCAUGCUAGAUCAUCACAACUCCAUAUACAACGAAAGCUUUCAGGGGCUAAAAAGUCUGAAAUCAAUUCAUUUAAAGAACAACCUUUCCCGUAUACCUCAAGUGGUUACAGAUCUUCUGCCUUCUUUACAACACUUGUCUAUCAACAAUGAGGGAAAUAAACUGAUAGUGCUAAAUAACCUGAAGAAGCUGGUAAACCUGAGAACCUUGGAAUUAAUCUGCUGUGAUUUAGAGCGCAUUCCCCAUUCCAUUUUUAGCCUAAACAACUUGCAUGAAAUUGACUUAAAAGAAAAUAAUCUCAGAACAGUGGAAGAAAUAAUUAGUUUUCAACAUCUUAAGAACCUUUCUUGCUUAAAAUUGUGGCACAACAGUAUUUCAUAUGUCCCAGUGCAGAUAGGUGCGUUAUCAAACCUGGAACAAUUGUAUCUAAAUUAUAAUAAUAUAAAAAAUGUUCCAUUGCAGCUAUUUCUUUGUAAAAAAUUAUACUAUUUGGAUCUUAGCUAUAAUAAGCUAACCUCCAUCCCCGAAGAAAUCGGUUAUCUGACCAAUCUGCAGUACUUGGCUUUGACAAAAAACCAUAUUGAAAUGCUGCCUGAUGGAUUAUUUCAGUGCAAAAAGCUGCAAUUUCUUCUUCUGGGAAAUAACAGUCUGAUGAAUUUGUCCCCUCUUGUGGGUCAGCUACUGAAUCUUGUUCAGUUAGAGCUCAUUGGAAACUAUCUUGAAUCACUUCCUGCUGAACUCGAAGAAUGUCAGUUCUUAAAGCGGAACAGUCUAAUUGUAGAAGAAAGGUUGUUAAAAACACUUCCAUCUCGUGUAAGAGAGCGUUUGCAGACAUGCUCAGAUAAGUCCUAAGUUUAAAAUGAAAUGGCAUCGCUACAUUCUAUAAGCCUUUUGCUUAAUAUCUCUCUAAAGAUCUAUAUAGGUGGAGAGAAGUGAAGGAGAGGUAACAGUUUACAAAUCAGUCUUAAACUUAAAUGCAUUGAACUGAGUUGAUUGUAUUGGAAAGGAAAAAAUACUUAAAUUUGAACAAAAAAUGCAGCCUUUAACAGGUAAUCAUGUGUUUGAAAAAUAUGAAAUAUGAAUUGUUGGUUGGGUUCUACUGGUUGAAAUAGUUCAGUUAAAUGCUUAUGAUAAUGAUAGUAUUGAAGUGGAAAAGUGGAUUGUCUGGCUAUAGUGAGAGUGUAUAUACUUUUUUUUUUUCCAGUGGGAUUUUUUUUCUUUGAUAGUGAUAAUUUUAAACAGUUUCAUCUCCUGCCAUAUGAGGUCUAAGAACUGUCUGGAAUUAGUUUCUGAGUAUGAACUCUUCACUAACUUAGAAUUUGUUGAAUUAAGAAUUUAAACUUUUGAGCAGUUCAGUUGCAUGGGGUAUACUGAAAGUAAUUUUUCAACAUACCUUAAUUUUUAAAGCUUUGACAAGUACUGAGUAUUAAUACUAUAAUUGUGGAAGAUGCCAUUUGAAUCUUGCUCUUAAAAUCAGUUGGACAGCAAUACCUGAAACCAAUUUCAGUACUUUGUCUUAAAAAUAGUAAAUACAAAAUGAAUUGUUGCCUAGAAAUUGGGAGGAAUUGGAAGAACUUGAAGUAACUGUUGUGCGCGUGUACUAGAAAGCCAGUGUUACAGUACUGAUCUCCAUAGAUGAUGAUGGCAAACAGAACACGAUAUAGUCGCAAAGUUGUCUUCUGUAUGUUGUGAGCAUCCCAGAUGUUAGUGUAGUGUAUGUUGCUGUUAAACAUUUUCAUAAUUUCUCAUUACUGGCUGCCUCAGUGCUUCUUCUCCACACUCAACUACUGUAUUUUCGUGGCUGGGGAGAGGAUGAAGAAGGUUUGUAUUAGAUAAGGACAGAAAGACACAGUUAAACCAAAUAAUCACACAUCUUAUAAGUGUUUGGGAGGGAAAACCAGGAAACAUUAUAAGCUUUGCCUCUUCUAGGGAUGUAAUAAUUUCAUAAAUUAUAGUGGUGAAAUGAGCUCUUACGCCAUCCUAAAUACUUGCAAAACUGGAUAGAAAUAAAAUGGUUCCUGACUUCA